UGAACGCAGCACGGACAGCAACACAUCCCCAGCACCAGAGUGGGAAUGAUUUUCAGCUCCACGCACCAGAGCGACGUACCUGGUUAAAGGAGUUCUGGACGACUGUGGAUAAAGUGGGGUCUGCGGAUACGGGCAGAGGAGGAGUGAAGUCUCUUUUAGCAGGAAGAGAGGAAGGAAAACCUUUAAAAGUGAGUUUUGAAAACAACCAAGAGGAUUUAAGAAGUGGACGCGAGCCGUGAGUGGGAGCGUGGCAGAUGUAGGAUGACAACAGUAAAGGAGGAUUAAACCGGAGGGGAUGUUAAGAAAAGUGAUGAGAAUAACCGCACAGCAAGGAGUGAUUUCAGCGCAGGCAGGAAUGGCUUGAUUCGGGACCUGUACUGUCAGAGGCGCUCAUGUUUCUGUGGGAGAGAAAGAAAGUUUUCUGCGCGUCCCUCGGAUACAAAUCUACUUUUUAACGAGCAGGAGAGAGACAGGGACUUCUGUGACUGUGUCCCCCCCCCCAACCCCGGUGGCAGAGUCCGGCCGGUUUGGCGUCGGCUCGUUAACUGUUCGCAAUGUCCAAACCCGCGCUGAAGAAGAACCACUGGACCUCCAGGGUGAACGAGGUCUCCGUGUCCAAAGAUGCCCGCGGUGAGCUCAACGUGCCGCUGCGUGGCGGCGCGGAGAAUGGAGAGUUCGCCUACAUUGGACCGCUGAACCACAAUGCGGUGGUGUACAAAAGUGGGAAACUGGGUGAAGGGGAGCUGCUGCUCGAAGUGGAGAAUCUCUCGAUUUCGGGAUUACCCCUGUACGACAUAUACACCGUGCUAAAGAACUGCAAAGGACCCGCCAGGUUUAAAACUGUCAGGCAAGGUAAGACAAAAGGAAGCAAGCUGACCAAGGACCUGAAGCAGUAUCUGAGCCAGCGCUUCCAGAAGUCCUCGCCUGACCACGAACUGCAGCAGACCAUCAGAGACAACCUCUACCGUCACGCUGUGCCUUGUACUACCCGUGCCCCACGUGAAGGAGAAGUUCCUGGCGUGGACUACGACUUCCUCUCAGUAGAGCAAUUCCUGGAAUUGGAGAAAAGUGGGACCCUCUUGGAGAUAGGAACAUAUGAUGGUAACUAUUAUGGGACACCCAAGCCACCAGUGCAGCCCCCCAGUGGGAAAGUGAUUAGCAGUAGUGGUAACAGCGGUGAUGCCCCACUGCCAGACGGGCUCAGGAGUAGCCUGCCGGGCUCACAGCACUCCACUCCCCGACGCUCCAAGUCCUACAAUGACAUGCACAAUGCUGGAUUAGUGCCUGGAGAGCAGCAGCAGGAGGACGACGAGGACCUCCAUGACAUGAACAGCAGCUUUACAGGAGACUCUAGUGAAUUAGACGAGAUUCAUCACUCGGUGCGCCCUUUCGCCCCCCGCCAGAGUGACCUGUCCUACGCUGGGACAACCCCCUCACCACCGGCCAUCACGGAGAGCACACAGCAGACACACACUCAUCUGAGCCAUCCUCCCCCAGAGGAUCCGCUGGGACCUCUGCCCGACAACUGGGAGAUGGCCUAUACCGAGAACGGAGAGGUCUAUUUUAUAGACCACAAUACAAGGACGACCUCCUGGAUAGACCCUCGGUGCCUGGACAAACCUCAGAAACCCCUGGAAGAAUCUGAAGAUGAUGAAGGGGUACAUACAGAGGAGCUGGAUAAUGACCUAGAACUUCCUCCAGGAUGGGAGAAAAUAGAUGAUCCAGUGUAUGGAGUCUACUAUGUUGAUCAUAUCAACAGGAAGACCCAGUAUGAAAAUCCGGUGCUAGAGGCUAAGAAGCGCAGGCAGCUGGAACAGCAGCAGCCUCAGCAGCCUCAGCCCCAGAGCCAGCAGCCACCUGAAGGUGAGCGCUACAUCCGAGAAUGGAUCGAAGACUCGACGAUGGCAGGGGCUCCGUUGGCUAGCUAUGCUGCCAACCACCAGGAGACCUACAGGGACCCUCAGACAGGGCCCGCAGUGCCCAACGCGAUGGGACAAAAACGAGGGAAGCCUUUCUUUACCAGGAACCGAUCUGAGCUGAAGGGGACAUUCAUAAAUACCAAACUGAAGAAGAGUCGUAGGGGGUUUGGUUUUACUGUUGUGGGAGGGGAUGAGCCAGAUGAGUUCCUGCAGAUAAAGAGCCUAGUCCUAGAUGGCCCUGCCGCCCUUGAUGGCAAGAUGGAGACUGGUGAUGUGAUUGUGAGUGUUAACGACACCUGUGUGCUCGGCUACACCCAUGCUCAAGUUGUGAAGAUCUUCCAAUCGAUUCCAAUUGGUUCCAUGGUCAACUUGGAGCUGUGCCGUGGCUAUCCGUUGCCUUUUGACCCCGACGACCCAAACACCAGCCUGGUUACCUCAGUGGCUAUCCUCGACAACAAGGAGCCCAUCAUCGUUAACGGCCAGGAGACCUCUAACAGCUACGAUUCGCCGUCCAGCCACGGCAGUCAGAACAACAACAAUGGUCCAACCAACAGCGGGGUCCCCGUCAACGGCCUCCCCCGACCCCACAGCCCCUCCACAGAGGUGGCUUCUGAUACCUCUUCCCAGCAUGGCUACCCUAGUGAUGUAGUCACCCUGGCCUCAUCCAUCGCAACGCAGCCAGAGCUCAUCACCGUACACAUGGAGAAAGGAGACAAGGGCUUCGGAUUCACCAUUGCUGACAGUCCCGGGGGUGGGGGGCAAAGAGUGAAACAGAUCGUGGACUACCCACGCUGCCGCGGUCUCAGGGAGGGCGACAUCAUCGUGGAGGUGAACAAGAGAAAUGUGCAGAGCAUGUCCCACAACCAGGUGGUUGACCUGCUCAGCAAGUGUCCCAAAGGCAGUGAGGUCACCAUGCUGGUGCAAAGAGGAGUGGCACCUGCAAAGAAGAGCCCAAAACUGGAUGAUUCUGAGGUGGAAUCUUCAUACACAGAUAACAGUAGGAGGGAUGAUUUUGAGCUGGAUCCUCCAUACGGAGUUAACACUAGGAGGGAUGAAUUUGAGCCAGAUCCUCGAUAUAGAGAGAUUAUUAGGAGGGAUAAUUUUGCAAUGGCUCCUCCAAACAGAGAUUAUAGAAGAAGGGAUGAUUUUGAGGUGGCAUCUUCAUACGCAGAUAGCACUAGGAGGGAUGAUUUUGAGCCGGGUCCUCGAUACAAAGAUAACACUCGGAGGGAUAAUUUUGCGAUGGCUCCUCCAUACAGAGAUAACAGAAUAAGGAAUGAUUUCGAUGUGGAAUCUUCAUACACAGAUAACAGUAGGAGGGAUGAUUUUGAGCCGGAUCCUCGAUAUAGAGAGAACAUUAGGAGGGAUAAUUUUGCAAUGGCUCCUCCAAACAGAGAUUAUAGAAGAAGGGAUGAUUUUGAGGUGGCAUCUUCAUACGCAGAUAGCACUAGGAGGGAUGAUUUUGAGCCGGGUCCUCGAUAUAGAGAGAACAUUAGGAGGGAUAAUUUUGCGAUGGCUCCUCCAUACAGAGAUAACAGAAUAAGGGAUGAUUUUGAUGCGGAAUCUUCAUACACAGAUAACAGUAGGAGGGAUGAUUUUGAGAUGGAUCCUCGGUACAGAGCUUAUGGAAGGAGGGAUGAUUUUGCGAUGGCUCCUCCAUACAACGAUUACUCUAGAAGGCAGUUGUCAAGAAAGGACAGCCAGAACAGCUCCCAGCAUAGUGUUUCCAGCCACCGGAGCGCGCACGCAGACUCGCCUGUGCACUCUUCCCUGGCACCCGCUCUCAGUGAGAGCAACGCGCCCCCACCUCCCUCGCAGCCUUUGCCGGGACUCCCAAUCCAGGACUCCCCAGGAGACGGGACCAUCCAGAGAAAACCGGACCCCUUUAAGAUUUGGGCCCAGUCCAGGAGCAUGUAUGAAAGUAGGCUUCCAGACUUCCAGGAGCAGGACAUUUUCCUGUGGAGAAAGGACACGGGGUUCGGCUUCAGGAUCCUCGGAGGCAACGAGCCAGGAGAGCCUAUCUACAUUGGCCACAUAGUCAAGUACGGGGCUGCAGAUGAAGAUGGACGCCUGCGAUCUGGUGAUGAGCUGAUAUGCGUGGAUGGAACUGCGGUGGUGGGAAAGUCGCACCAACUGGUGGUCCAGCUGAUGCAGCAGGCUGCCAAGCAGGGCCAUGUCAACCUCACAGUGCGGCGCAAAAGCACUUACGCUGUUAAAGCAGAGGGAGACAUGCCUCCAUCGCCGGCGUCUUCGCACCACAGCAGCACCCAGGCGCCCAGUCUCACAGAAGAUAUUGGGAAGCGCACCCCACAGGGCAGCCAGAACUCCCUCAACACAGUGAGCUCCGGCAGCGGCUCCACCUCUGGCAUCGGCAGCGGUGGAGGAGGCGGAGUGGGUGGCGGGGGCGGCGGCAGCGCCGUGGUCGCCGCUGCGGCCGCCACCACCUCCUCUCAGCCGCCCAUCGCCACCCCCGCUGUCGUCUCAUCCGGUUUGCAGCCCUACGACGUAGAGAUCCGCCGCGGCGAGAACGAAGGAUUCGGUUUCGUCAUCGUCUCGUCGGUGUCGAGGCCCGAAGCUGGCACCACCUUCGCUGGAAAUGCUUGUGUGGCCAUGCCCCACAAAAUAGGACGCAUCAUUGAGGGAAGCCCAGCAGACCGCUGCGGGAAGUUGAAAGUCGGCGACCGCAUCCUGGCUGUGAAUGGAUGCUCGAUCACCAACAAGUCCCACUCGGACAUCGUCAACCUCAUCAAGGAGGCUGGAAACACAGUUACACUACGCAUCAUUCCUGGAGAUGAAUCAUCGAACGCAUCUCUGUUGACGAAUGCAGAGAAGAUCGCCACUAUAACCACUACUCACACCGCUCAGCAACAGGCCGCACCGGAGGCCAGGACCAACACUAAACCAAAACAGGAGUCAUUUGCCCCGCAAGCCGCCCCUCCCCAGCCCCCCACGCAGCAACUCCCAAGCACUCAGGAUUCUGAGUUCUACUCCGUGGACCUGGAGCGAGACAACAAAGGCUUCGGCUUCAGCCUGCGAGGAGGCCGCGAGUACAACAUGGACCUGUACGUGCUGAGGUUAGCCGAGGACGGAGCAGCUGUUCGCAACGGAAAGAUGAUGGUCGGCGACGAAAUCUUGGAGAUCAACGGCGAGAGCACCAAGGGCAUGAAGCACGCGCGAGCCAUCGAGCUCAUCAAGAAUGGAGGCCGGCGAGUCCAUCUGGUGCUCAAGAGGGGUGACGGCUCUGUGCCUGAAUAUGACGACAGCACCAACAACAUCAGCGCAGCCAACCCAGCCUCAGGGGUACAAAACGCUGCGGAAGUGAACACUCUUCCCCCGAACGGUGCACCAUCAGAGUCAAGCGACCCACCAGAACCCCAACAAUCAUCACGCAGCAAGAAGGAGCCAGGCCGCCGCUCCCACGGCACUGGCAGGCACACACAUUCCAACCACCGCCACCACUCCCCCAGCAAGAAAACCAGCACGGGAAAACACAAGGGCAAAAAGUCGACAGGGAAGAACACUCCCAAGAAGAAAGAUGACAAGAAAAGUGAUGGCCGCCAUCGCCACCGCAGCCGCCAUCGGUCACCUCAUAAGGGGCACACCCGGUCUCGCAGUGCAGAUAACGUCCUGGACGACCGACAUGGGGGUCAGCGCCGAGGCCGUUCUCCAGACAGGCGCCACCGCCGCCACCGUUCACCCAACCGCUCGCCCCACCGCUCACCCCGUCGCUCACCCUACCGCUCUCCUCGCCGUUCCCCUUAUCGUUCCCCUCAUCGUUCCCCUCAUCGCCAUCGGUCCCCCUACCGCACUCGGCAGCAGUCCCCCACCAGACGCCGGGCCCAAUCCUCAGACCCCUACCGCCGGUAUCGCUCCCCAGAGAGACAGACCCGCAGCACCGAGAAGCCUAUUGUGGAUGAGCCUGUAUUAAAGGAGCCAAUCAAAACUCCUGAAUCCACCUUCCGUCUGGAAGACAGCACCUUGCGAGAGUCCCCAGCCCUAGACCGCUUAAACAGGGAGGUCACACCGCCACUGCGCAGGGAAGACCGCCUCUAUGGAGAAGAUAGCCUGCUGAUGAAAGCCUCUACCUUGGACAGGUCCUACAGAGGGGGGGAUAACCUGCUGAAGGACAUGGCGUCUCGCAACCAGAGAGACAUCACCCUGCCCAGAGUACGCACUCCAGAUUCAGAUUCAGCUUACAAGAAGUACAGCACGCUGCUGAGGGGUCGUUCGACUGAGAGGUUUGACAGCACACAGCUGAGGGGUCGUUCGACUGAGAGGUUUGACAGCACACAGCUGAGGGGUCGUUCGACUGAGAGGUUUGACAGGGAUGAGCGCUACCCCAGCCGAGACAGCACCCCUGAACCUUGGUACCGCUCCCGCAGUCUCGGACGAGACAUAUCCCCGAUCAGGAGCUUCAGAAGGGACGACUCGGAAGAUGAAGAGGACGAUGACAAUUUUGUGGCGGCUCAAGUGACGCAAUACUACAGCACGGUCAAGAACAAGACCAACACCAGUCGCUCAUCCAAGCCCACGCUCCCUGAGCCCAAGAAGACCUACAAGGAGAAUCCCAAAGACCUGAGCAUCUGAUUGGACAGCUGUCAGCUGAUCACAGCAACCAUCCACAAAACACCUCAAAUACUCACCAUCACUACCACUUUGUUCUACAGAAACGCACCCAACUUGUGUAGACAUGCUGACACACACACACACACACACACACACACACACACACACACACACACACACACACUGUAACAACACUGAGUUACUAACAAGGUCGUAGUUUUGAAAGCUGUUUUUUUUUCCUCUUUUUUUUUUUUUUAAAACUGUAUAUUUGAUUUUCUUUGUUUUCUCAUUUUGUUUUGGGGUUUGUUUGUUUCUUGUUUUUUUUUUGUUUCUUUGUUUUGUUAAAGUAUUCUACAUUUACAGAUACUCAGACUUUUCCAGAAAAUAUAAAACCAUAAAAAACAAUGAUGUGCCUAACAACAGUUCCAUUAACAAACAACAUUUUUGUUUCGGGUUUGAUAUGUGGAGGGCAGUUUGUGUGCCCCACUGUCAGAUGAUGAAAUAUAUGUACUUUUCCACAAAGAUCCCUUGGAAGUACUGCGCACCUGGGUCACCAUAACAGGUGCUCACAAUGAUGCUGUGCAUGUCUUUACCGGUUUCAAUGUCUCUCUCUCUCUCUCGCUCUGUCUCUCUGUCUCUCUCUCUCUCUUGCCUUCGUACUCUCUCUCCUUCCAGUGCCACUGUUUUUUAGACAUUUGACCAGACUAUAGCACAAGCCUGCAUUUGUUUGUAUAUUUUUGACAGUUUGCAGUAUGUGUACAUUCAGAGGUGAUCAUUUUAAAUGAAGGAAGGGAAAAUGAAAAAGUUAAACUAUGAUGAUGAUGUUAAAAUAAAAUAAUAUAUUCAACAAAUGAACAGUUGUUUUAUCUUUUUUCUCCUUUGUUAUUGCCAUUGGAGUCAUUCUGGGAUUGAUUGACCUGCUUAAGUAACAUGAAAAAAAUGCAGAUAUUGGAUGGGAAGAAAGAUGUACACUAACAGCUUUUUUUUUUUUUU